AUGUCCUCAGAUUUACUUCUGUAUACAGAUAGACAAGAAGUGGGUAUAGGUGACGUCUAUAGGUACCGUUUUACAGUUGAUGUAAGCCAGUUACCGCCUGGAACGCAGGAAUUGUACCUUAGGAUUAAGAAUGUAGAAAGUCCACUACUGAGACCCUUUUAUAUGUCAGGACCGUAUUCGUUUUACGUGGACGUUAGGCCUUGUAAGUAUGAUGAGGAUAAAGAAUGGGAGGAAACAAUGCAAUACUGUUGCGAUUUGAGACCUGAUGAAUAUUUUCAUGCCAAGUUUUUGAUUAAUGAGAAUUCCUUGUUGGAAGGCUCUAGACAUUCAUGGACAGUGGAUAUCCUCUCUCAGAUUUGUGUCACAGCGGGUCCCAGGGUUAAAUACAAGCUAAAAUUGGGUACUACGAGGAAAUCUACGAAACAGCGUGAGCCCAAGACAUUGGAAUCCUGUAUCGAUGUGCAGACAUGGGAUACUUUGCAAUUGUGGGAUAUUCCACCGAAAGAUUCCGAGAAACCAGUGCAUCUGGUUAUAAUGACACAUGGGAUUUUCUCGAAUGUUGGUUGUGAUAUGUUAUACAUGAAGGAAAGAAUUGAGAAGGCGGCUUUAAAUUCUGAUGAUGAUGCAUGUAAUAUAGUGGUUCGUGGAUGUAUGGAUAAUAUGGGGAAGUCUUCCCAUGGUAUUAGGUUUUUAGGCGUUAGACUUGGGAAAUAUGUGUUAAGGAUUUAUGAUGAAUUGAGUGAAAAAUAUAAUGUGGAUAAAAUUUCUUUUGUGGGCCAUUCACUUGGUGGGCCUACGCAGACUAUGGCAAUUCACUACAUUGUGUUAGAAAGACCAGAUUUUUUUGAAAAUGUACAACCGGUCAACUUUAUUGCCCUUGCAAGUCCAUUUUUAGGUGUUGCAAAUGAUAUGCCAUUAUUUGUUUCCCUUGGGCUUACAAUUGGUACUUUUGGUCUUACUGGUAGAGAUCUUACUUUAAAGCAUACGCCAUUGACUUCAACGGAGGGUUUUGCUACGAUGGAUUCUGAUGGUAAAAAACGAUCUUUACGUAGGCCAAUUAUGGAACUCCUACCGUUGUCGCCUGCCCAAGAAAUUUUACAGAAAUUUCAAAAUAGAACUCUUUAUGCCAGUGUUUUGCAUGAUGGUAUAGUACCGUUGAGGACCGCGGCUCUUCUAUACUUGGAUUGGCGUAGUUUGGCAAAAGUGGGACAAUUAAGACAUGAACAGCAAAAAUCGAAUCGUGAUGAUAAGGAGAACGACGAUACUCCAGUUGACACACCUGGUGCCUCACCUCCAACAGAGCCAUCUUCAAAUACAACUUUUAUGUCCAAUUCUAAUGGCGUUACUGGGAUUAUACCAGAGGCCCCUCUUGAUAAAACAGCAACCGCUCAAUUCUUUAUGCCUCAUAAAAUGGUGAAAUACAGAAAAUAUGCAAGAGCUCAAGUUACUGAUUCCAAAAAUCCUGAUGGAUCUAGUGAAAGCGAUGAUCAAGAAUUCACAUCACCAAGUAAAAUCAAUCAGGAGGAGGCAAAGUUCAAUCCACCGCGUGAGGCAUCUACCAUAUUGGCUGCACUUUCCGUUAUAACUUCACCUCUGCCGACCCAAGAAUAUAUCAAAUAUCCUAAUACGAGAACUGAUUCCAUUGUUCAUGAUAGAUUGUAUCAUCCAAGUGAAUUACCGCCACCUCAUUAUGAAUCAAGGCCCUUUUACAAGAAGAUAAUAUACCCAAAUGAAUCUAAUAAUAAAUUGCAAGAAGAGAUCGCCAUAUCAUGGCAAAAAUCAAUGACUUGGAGAAAAGUUCUGGUUGAUUUAAAACCUGAUGCUCAUAAUAAUAUUGUCGUUCGCCGUCGAUUCGUUAACUUAUUCGGUAACGUUGCUGUGCGUCAUAUGGCGGAAACUCAUUUCGGUGGUAAGUAA